CGUCAGCCACGUCCCUGCGUUUCAGCUCGACAUCCUUCAAUACUCUCCCAAGAUUACCGCCUCAAAAGCAGUCUUCUUGGGAGGACAAAUCUAGACAUACUCUACAGUUCUUCAUUCCUUGUUGUUUUCCAGGCUUCGUUCUCAAAAAUGGGCAAAUUCAGUCUCAAGAAAGGCGACAACGAUGAAGACUCCGGCAGACUCGCCCUGUUCGGUUCCCGUUCAAAGUCCAAAUCUCCUGCUCCUCCCUCAAACAAUCCCUACGCACAGCCUGCCAUCCCUCCAGAUCCGUACACACAGGCAAAGAUGAGUGCUGGCAUUGUGCCUCCGCAAGGUGAGGCACGUCCGGGCUCGAAUCCAAGGGCUGGCUACCGUCCGGGUCCAGGGCCUCAAGGGAGUUACUCUGGUCUACCAGGCCCUGGUCAACAGAGGCCGUCACAUGGUGGGGGAAAUCCAUAUGCCGGGAAUCAACCAAGCAAUUACGGUGAUAACAAGACUGGCCCUCCUCAAGGAGGUUAUGGUGGCAGUGGUGGAGGCUAUGGCCCCGAGAAGUUUGGCAAUCAAAAUGGCUAUGGAGGCGCUGCCAAUGGAGGUAAUCCCUAUGCCAGCAUACAGCAAACCAGUGGCACAUCACGCGAAGGCGGCUACGGGGGACUUGGCUCGUCCAGUCUCUACGAGAACGAUUCCAGCCGUGAUGAACUAUUUGGAGGCGCCCAACAACGUAUGCAGCAGAAACAACCACAGCCAGGCGGACCUCCUGACUAUCAGUACAACAACGCCAAUGAAGGUGGCGAUCGAAGCUUUGGGGCAUACGGUGACCGUCAACUCACGGCUGAAGAGGAGGAGGAGGAGGACAUUCAGGCAACUAAGCAGGAGAUUAAGUUCAUGAAACAGCAGGAUGUGGCUUCCACCAGAAAUGCUCUGCGAGUUGCUGCCCAGGCUGAGGAGAUGGGCCGCAACACCCUUGCUAGGCUUGGAGCACAGGGCGAAAGAAUGCACAACACAGACCGAAAUCUUGACAUUGGAAACAACCACAUCAAUAUCGCCGAAGACAAGACCAAGGAAUUGAAGACGUUGAACAGAAGUAUGUUCGCAGUGCAUGUCAACAAUCCUUUUACCGCAAAGGAAAGACGCACCCGACGGGAUGAGCAGAUCAUGGACCGGCACCAUGCCGAAAGAGAAGCUCGUGAGGCUACUCGUGAAGCUGCCUUCAGGAGCACACAACGGAUGAACCAGAAUUUCAAAGGCUUGGAAGACACCCCAGGGGGACCCCAAGCCAAGCAAAGCCUGGCAGAACGAGCCAAAUAUCAAUUCGAGGCUGACAGUGAGGAUGAUGCCAUGGAGGGUGAAAUUGAUCGAAAUCUUGACGACCUCACUGGCGCAGCCAGGCGUCUCAAUUUGUUGGCGCGUGCCACAGGAGAGGAGGUUGAACAACAGAACCAACUGAUUCAAAAUAUUGCAGAAAAGAGCGACCGCUUCGACGAUCGCCUACACUUCCAAACCGAACGAUUGAAGAGAAUUCGAUAGGCAUUGCUGUCCGUUCUUUCAAGUGUACACCCACUUGGAAGCCACUGGCGCCAGAGGACCACUGGCAUGAAAGGCAGAAUCUCGUCGUGUCAUGUUAAAUUCCGUGUGCAGCCUCGUCCAAUGUUGUGGGUCCUCGACAGAGCAGGAGCCUUGUUGAUCUGGACAAAUAGAUCAGCCUGUCCCUGUGCAACGAUCAACACUCCGACUGCUCAUCGACGUCCAUCACCUCGGGAACAAUGUUUUGAGGUUCGGGUCGUCGUGCGGCAGGCGCCAUGACAUCCUGAUAAUUACCCCGGUUGAUCUCACUGGAAGUGACAGCUUUGGAAAUACUUGGAAGUGCCUGGGAUACAGGUUGGGCCGGCUGAGAGUGCCGUUUGCUCACAUAUUUUGUGGAUCGAAACUUCAGCCUGACGGGCUGGCUGUUUGGAUGGCACAACCAGCCUUCAUGGAUACACAAGGGCAAUUUCAGGGGGGCGUUGACGGUUCCUAUGGAGUAGAAUUUGACUCGAGACAGUAUGGGGCGGAAUUUGUCACGGCAGGAUUGCUAAGCGCAGCGUCUUUGGACUACGGAGUACUGGACUUGGGAAUAUGAUUGUGGGCGUUCUGUUCAAGGCCAUUUCUUACUCGAAAUUCCGGUCUUCUCAUGCCAGGCUUUCACGCUGUCCAAUUUCUUU